AUGAAUUUAGUUCCUUUUCAAUCUGCACCACUUCUUGAACCUAUGCAGUUUCCAGUAUUACCACCCAAACCACCAAAUUCAAGUUCCUUUUGGGAGACCAGAAAUGUUUGCGGUCGGUUCUGGGAAUUGCAGGAUACGCUAAAUCUUGUAAAGGGAAUGCAAAAGGAACUAGAGAUGUUGAAAAUGAUAAGAGACCGUGGAGGGUCUUUAGAGGGUUUAACUCAUGGCUCAAACGGAACUUACCUUUUGAGUUUUCUAAAAUAUGUUGUAGAUGAAGCAAGUCCAUGGGAAGAGAAAUCAGCAGUGGCAAGGUUUACAAGUAAAGUGCAUAAGUCUAAACGGAAUCAACUCUGGAGGAAGAAAAAAAGGAAGCGUAUUGCGGAAAUAAUGGCAAAGGACCACGAGUGGUUCGCCCAAAUUGACCAGGAAGCUGAUGAAUGGAGGGCUAUGGAGAUUGCCAAGGAAAUUGAAGAUAACAAGGUCAAAAAGAUGAAAGAAAUUGCAAAGCUUAAAGUCAAAGAAGAGAAGAAGAAACUAGAGUCUCAUCUGGAGCUGCUCUUGGUGGUGGAGAAACUUCAAGAAUUACGCUCCAUAAGGAUACAAAAGUUAAAAAAACAAGGCCAUUUUCUCCCAGAGGAGGAUGACAGGUUUCUUGAGCGAGUUCAGGCUGCAGUGGAAGAAGAGGAGCGUGAAGCUUUGGCAGCAGCUGAAACAGAUGAUGCUAAAGACGAAAUUGCAAUUGCCGAGGAAUCCAGAAAAGCUAUGCAGAACCAAGAGAAACUUCUAUUUGUGCUCGACCAAUUCCUGAGGUUCUGCCAUUCAAGAAGGACAGUUAAUGUUAUCUCGUCGAGGUGCCUGUCGUGCGGUACUGUGGAAAUGGUUCUAUCAAAACCUCAAAAUUUGAGAUACAAUUCACUAAGCUUCAUUUUCCUUCAAGUUCGGGAACUAUCGUGGCUGCAGUGGCAUCCAUUCAGUGUUUCUUCUAGCCCUUUGGAUGGAAAUAAUCACAUUUCCGUUCUCAUAAAGGUUCUAGGAAAAUGUACUGGGAGAUUAAGAGAAAGAAUCACUAAUGUUGAUGCACCAGAGGAUUUAUCUGUUAAGCCUAAUACUGUGGUAACAACUUUCAUUGAGGGUCCGUAUGGAGAUGAAGUACCAUACCACUUCCGAUGUAAAAAAUUGCGUCACUAG